ACUAGUCAUUCCCUCUUAGUUUCCUCAGCCAUACAUCUGAGUUGCGAAGUAGUUUCAGUAAAGUAAUUACGCAUUUUGGUUUUCCAAUGAUCCCUGGACUCUGAAGUCUAGAAAUUCACGUGGCGCCAGGCUAGCGUCGCAACGUGGGAUGCAGUAUCGUUUACAUGCGGUUCUAUAAUUGUUUCGGUACAGCGAGUGGCGUCCACGUCGCGUCGCGCGGCGUCCGUAUCGCGUCUCCUUCUAAAUUUGGAUCAGCAGAGUGUAGGCACUCGCGGGUGGCAUGUGCCCUGCCGUGCGGCUCGAGAGCCGUCCCUGCACUUAUGUAAUGGCCCUUUGAGCGUCGCGCGUCAUGUGUUUGCGUGCACGUGCGUCGCACGCUCUCGCUCCACGUCGCGCCGCCCGCAGUAGGCACUAGGCCUCCGCCACGCGCCGCGACCACCGCCAGUAUCUUAGCAACCUGUUGUUGACUGCCCACUGACCCAGUACUCGUGAUCUACACACAUGGAACUCUAUUGCAACACACACACAAGCCUACGAAACCACCAGCUUAUUUACGUUGCUAAGGCGUCAAAACCAUAACAUUGGAUUAUGCUGAAAGUUUAAUCAAGUCACCAAAGGCUAGGCCGGGCAAGGCUGAGCUUUGACUGCAGUUUCUGACUACUGAACCAAGAUGAAAGUUAUGGCGCCAAUGCGCGGCGAACGCGGCGGUUCCCCCGCGCGCGGCGCUCGCGCCUCCCUGCCCCUCUCCCGCCGCCUCAUCCGCCAGAUCGCCCGACACGUGGCCUCCAGCGGCCGGUCUCUAAGGAGGCUGGAGGUCUCCGGCCGAGUCAUAGACAACUUCGACGAUAUAGACGCGAUGAGCGAUGAAGAGGAUAACGAGACGCAGCUGGCAGCGGUGGCGUGUGGCGGGAAGCCCGGCAACCUGCCGCCGCCAGACCACGACGAUGACCUCACCAGCCUCAGCUGGCUCCAGGACCGAAAUCUACUUAGAGGUAUAAACUUGACGAAGGGAGAUGAACUGCAGGACAGCAAGAUGAUCGGGAGCCAAGUCAUUGUGAAGACGGAGCCAACAACGCCGCCGCCGCCGGGCGCACGCGUGCCCUCCCCCCCGCGAACCCCUGUCAAAUCACCCCCCUCACCCCCAACCCCUCCCCUAACACACACAAAACCCCCCUACUCCUUCUCCUGCCUCAUAUUCAUGGCCAUAGAAGCGGCCCCGGCCAGAGCGCUACCGGUGAAGGAAAUCUACGCCUGGAUUGUCCGCCAUUUUCCGUAUUUUAAGAACGCGCCCCAAGGCUGGAAGAAUAGCGUGAGGCAUAAUCUGUCGUUGAAUAAGUGCUUCCAUAAGGUAGCGGCAGCCCCCGGGCUGGGCAAGGGCUCGCUGUGGACCGUGGACCCGCAGCACCGAGCCACCUUGCUGCAGACAUUCGGCCGCCAACCCGUCCCGCAACCCCCCGACAUCGCGCCGCCCAAGAACUCGCCCGACCCACAGCUAUUCCCCUUCCUCGCGAGGAGACUGGCUGGAGACGAGAGGGAGAAGGAGGAGUCCGCGCCCGGAGCUGAUGAGUACCUGGCCGCGGCCACCGUGCUGGCCAUGAAGUACGGGUCCCAGGUGCUGGAUCAGCUACCGCCAGCCGCGCACCUAGUAAUAUCGCGGUGCACUCGCGACGAGCACUCCUACUCCGGCUGCGAGGAGAGACGCACGGCCGAGGCGCUGUUGAACCUAGCCGGAGUAGAGGCCCCCGCGCCCAGCUAGCGCCCGAGAACCAACCCGACGCCGUACGAGAGAAGAGCCACUUUCGAAUAACACCCGCCGGCGAGUUAUGGUCUUUUGGAGGUAAAAGGAGUGAUUGAGUUUGGGAUCUAUUGUUAAAUGGGAAAGGGUUUCCAAUGAUGGGGUUGAGAUGUGUUUGAGAGAGCUUUUGGAGUCGUAUGUAUAGUAGGGGCGUUAUAAAGAUGAGUACAUUAUGUAUAGUACUUUGAGACACUCUUACUAUAGAUAUGGCUUUAUUUAAGGGCUUAAUCGAGCAAGUCUAUGUGCUUAUGAUUCAUUAGGAUUUUGGUUAGUUAUGGUUUUGUAUGUAAAGUGCUUGUAGGAAAUGGACUCUUGUGACGGAAAGUAAAGGUUCAGUGUGAAAUGACAGCAGUCGUGUCUAUAAGAUUAUAGGACUGUCUUCAGUUGAGGGGUUGGUUUUGAAGGUUAUAGAUUAAAAUUAUUAUAUUCUUUUUGAAUAGAUCCUAAUGUAUUUUCCAUCAUAACUUAUUUCGUCUUACAUGUGCGGUCGCUAAAGGCUUCUUUCAUAUAAAAUAUUUGGACUAGAACAAUCAUGUUUUGAAUAAAAAUUAAGACUUGCUGUGCAAAUGGGUGUAUUAUGUAAGUAAUGUUCUUAUAUUGAAUUUGAUGAUGUUUACGUGAUAGGUUACUAUUUUUGACAUCUUGAUCCUUAUAAACAGACCUACUUUGAUUCAGUUACUCCUAAGUUUUACGCUCAAAUAGGCUUUCAAAACAUUUAAAAUAACGAUGAAUUUAUGAUUCUAUUACCAAAUUUUCUGGAAGAAAAUGUGUUAUAUUUUAAACUAGGCAAGGCCUAUGAAAUAAUUAAAAAACAUUGUUAUAUUAGUUCCUGGAACAAAAAUCAAAAUUUUAUUGAUUUGACUUUGGGUAGGCAAAAUUUUAUUAUACUCUAGUCCUUUUAAAAAUCGUUAAAACAAGAAUAAUGCCGCAUAGGUACGUGAAAAAUAAUUAAAUAGUUAAAUACUUGCUUCAAACUUUGAUUCAUAAUACUUUGGGAUUUCUUGUUUCUCAGUUUUGUAUAAAGACAUCACAUGCGUUUAGUCGAAAAUAUAGGUACAUUAACUCAGGUUACCUAGAGCAUAUAUUCAAUUAUAAACUAGGGUUUUUAUAGUGAUAGUUGUGAUAUUAGUACGAAAAUAAUAACGUUUAAUGAAAAAUAUAUUCAUAACCUUUGAUUGCAUUUAGUUAAUCCCAAUGUUAAAUAUAGUAUCAUUUUAUAGGAUGGCACUUUUAACAGUUUCGAAUGGCCUGUGCUAUCUACGUUGAUGCCUUACGUUUACCUCGAUAAAUCUAUGAUUUAUGGUAACUGCUAAAAGUACAUCCUUAAUAUUUAUCUGUCCCCUUGUUUGUAUAUAUUUAUACCACAUUUCCAAUGAUACAAGAAAAUAUAGCUAUAGAAAGUUUGUACCGUAAACAAUCUAUUUUAGCGAGUUUAUUAAAUAUUCUACUCAACAUUAAUUUAAAUAUAUUUUUAAACCAAUAUUGUAAGAGUACGGGUCAGAAGUUGCCAUAGUUAUUUAAAAUCAGAGGAGAUGUGGUUCUUAUUUAAGACAUAAGUUUUAUCAAUUUGUGUGAUUAUCUUGAUGUAAUUUUCGUUCCCUUUAGGUAAAGAUUACGUAUUUAUUAAUAGUAUAACGAUGGAUGAUAAUUAUAAUAUGAACUGCAUUCUAAACUGAGCAAUAUUUAAUAAUAGUGUAAUAUAUGAAACUACAAAUUUUAUAUACUUAUAUUAUAACGUUAAGUAUUUCUUGUGUUCAAAAAGCUGUAAUAGACAUAAUCACUUCAUAAUUAUUAAGCUACAGAUUACUUAUUCACAUAAUAAUAAUAUAUUUAUAUAAUAAUAGCUUAUGGUUACAUGAUAAUAGUAUAGAAAGCGCGUAUCACGAGAAUAUAUAGAUAUCUUUUCACAUGCUAAGAGGAUAAAUGACAGUACAUUCUGUUGUUGAUUUUGUCAGCACUGAAAUUACAAAAUUAAUUACCAAAAAACUAAUCUUAAAUCAAAAUAAAAUCUUCUUUUCACAUCAGGAAUUCAGGGCGGGAUAAUGUAUUUCAAAUCAAAGCAAAGUCUUUAUGUAUAUGCCAUCGGCCAUCUGUCAAUGUGAACUAUAAAAAAAGCUAAAGUGACUAAAGUGCCGUUUGAAAGUGACCGUUUUGUCACUUUCUCGCUUCGUCAAGUGCCUGUAUGUGUAAAUUAUCUGUGUCUACACUUCCAAACGUUUUCAAUAUAGUGCUAAACAUUUUCUUUCGAUGAAUGUAUUAUGAUAGCGCAGUUGUAAGAACGUAUAUGAAUAUGGGCUUCCGAUAUGGAUACUAUGGUGUAUACCUGUGCUUGUGGUCGAUAACUCAAGGCCCUCCACUGCCUAAAUCCUUACCGACGAUUCCCGUAAAAUACUCACGUCCUGCCAUUUUAACGUAGGUUUAUUGAUUAUCCAUUGGUUCGCGAAGCCGGUGCUCGAAGUCCUUAAAUAAAACACCAAUAUUGUGAUAGUAUCCUCCUUUAUUCAUAAUAUUACUAAGUGAACAUCCGGGUGCUUUGAUCGGGAUAAAAGUUGCGCUUCAAUGAAUUUGCAGGAUAAUUUCCGCGCUAUUCAAUCAAUUCGGCCGCCAUUUUGAAUUGUCUGCACCGUCUUUUCUUUUUCGAAAACAAUAUGGCGCCGUUUUAAUAAAGAAAAACAAAUCGUAGAAAAAUUACUUAGACUGAUAAUAAUGACUGAUAAGCAUGGAAAAGCAAUAUUAUUUAUUUAUUUACACAUUUUUUAUUAAAAAUCCUCGCCGUGGCUAGUUCUAAUUGUUUUGUUGUUGUUGAAUGUUUUAUUUUUAACUUUAAGAAUCGUGUUUACGUCUACAACAUGCCUCGAAUUUGUUCAAAGAACUAUCUCGCUUGCCUUCAAACGCUGAUUAAAUUCCCAGUUCUAUAGGAAUAUUUCAAAUGAUAUUAUAAUCUGUAAAGCGAGUAAAAUAUUGUCUUGGAGCAAGUUUGAGUGUAAAAAUUCGCCGUAGUUCGCUUUGACCCUUUCAGGAUAUAAGUUAAGGUAGAUUAUGACAAAGGUAUUCGGUUAAACUGUUAAACCUUUGAUUAAGGUUGAUGAAAAAAAAUCGCGUAGUUUCACUACCAAACUUUAUUUGAGUUAUUUAAUUCGCUUCCAAAAGUAGUUUUAGUUUAUCGAAAAUUAUUAUAAUUAUAAAUUAAUUAGGCUUCGAUGAAAACAACUUUUGUUUUCUUAGUUAAUAGUUAUGGUUGAUGUGCCAAAUGUUUAUAUAAUAGCCAGAAAACAAAGGAAACGGUACCAGUAAUAAAAUGUUAUUUAUGUAAUAAAUACUAUAGCUAUCGUAUAGGCGCUUAGAUUGUAAUUGUAAGUGAUAUAAAUACAAAAACAAUGUUAAAAGAUAAACAGUACAUUUUUGCUGUAUUUAGCGUCUUCCAUCUAACUUAUAUUUUAUUUUUUCUUAGAAAUGGUAGAGGAAAAAAGAAGUUUGUGUGUUUGUAAAUAUUUGUACGACUCCUGUUCUAUAAAAUUGAAUUAACAGCCUACGCUUCAGAUUGAGUGAUAUUUACUAUGAUAUUUGAUCACGAAUCCCUGAAUCGACGUAAGAACUAACGGAGGUCGUUCAAUGUAUGAAAGUAUAAGCUUCUUGCAUGUACAGUACCUACAGUGCUGCCAACUUUCCAGGUCAAAAAGAAAAGUAUGAAAAUUAUUUUCGCUAACAGAAAAAAAUUAGAGUUAUUUCAGUUACCGUGAAACAAGUGAGAUAGGUACUUACACAAUGUACGAUCAGCUUCAUAAGUAGUUCUAAGUUUUUGUACCUUGUCUCAGUAACACACAGUCAAUGUUUGAAUGAAUUAAUAGGCGAUUUGUGAGUUAGACAAGGUAGAAAAGUAUACAUAUACCUAGCUAACUACUUAUGAAGCUGACUGUAUGCUUUAUUUCUGUUUGCGUAAAUUAUUUAAACCUGAGGUAAACUUGUAUGUUUUUGUAUAUUUCAAAGAUACAUUUAUGGUGUGUCGGACAAGUUGGUAUCACUGUACAAUACACACAGCAUCGGCAUAUAAAUGAAAUGGUAUAUUUUACUUGCUAGUAAAUUAUUUUGCCGAUGCGUAAAACCGUAGACUUUUUUGGUGGUAUAUAAUAAAGUGUAGAUAAAUUUUACAGCAAUAAUAAUAAUAGUUAUGUAGUGCAGUGUUGCAAUGUAGAUGCUACAUUAUAUUCGUGUGAUAAUACAUUACAUUUAAAUAAUAUAUACUUACUUGUAAAUAACUUAGUUAUACUUCGAGAAAAAUACUUAUAUGCGCUUCAUUUUAUUUGACUUUGAAAUAUAAAAUAGAAAAAUCUAUAAUUAAGUUAAAAAGUUUGUUAAAGAAUCGAACUUUACAUAAAUAAAAAUAAGACAAAGUCGAUUUCAAAGAAAUUUUGUUAAAAUCUUUGUAGAAGUUCACAUAGUUGCAUUUCCUGAAUUGUAUUUCGAUUGUAUUUCAGUUUUUAUCACAAUUUUUACAGAAAUCUCUUUCGAAAAGAUAUUAAGAUGACUUUGUUAAUAAUUUAUUUAAUUAGUUUAAUUUUAACAGCUGUGUUAACGUGUAGGACUAUUUUAUUUGGUGUUUGAAUAAUACAAUGCGUGAGUGAUUAAGCUUUAUAUUUUAAAGAUCAACCGUAAAACGUUAAACUAUAAUUAUGUGGCGUCAUUAUUUAAAUAUCAGAAAUGCAAAAAAAAAACUCUUCAGCAUGCGGAGUACGACUUUUUACGCCGAUCGAGUAGUGGCGAGUGACUGCGUCCUGCGAAUUCGUAAUUGUAUGGCGCGGGAGAGUCGCCACCUAGCGGUAUACGCGCUGCACCUAGCUCCGCAACGUACAAAUUUGGGCCGAUUUUCACUGCUCGAUCGGUUAACAUAAACCCACACUUGGCCCUCUGUAGAAAUUUAUAAAAUAAUGACGCCACAUUUUUAACGCUAACGUUGUGAACGUUAUUCUUAAGUGAGAAAACGACGCUCGAACUAAGAUCAUUGUUGUUGUUAAUAUGUUUGUCGGCUUCUAUACGAUGCAACACCCAUUUUUUAUGUUAUUUUAAUAAUUGUUGAGACUUAUUGCCAAAUUUUUAUUUGUCCUAAAUCUUUUGUCUUUGUACAUAUCCAUUAAAAUAAAAUAAAUUAUGUACUGAGAAUC